GUUUUGGGGCUUAAUUAUAAAUUUUGAGUUGGGCCGGGCUUUACUAUAAUCCUGUGCUUUUUUUUUCUUCUGGGCAAGUGCAAUCGUCCCGCCAACGUAAGACCACCGUAAGAACAAAGCCACUUUCGAAUUUCAAAUCCCAUCGGAAUUUUUUUUUGGCUUCCCUUGUGUGGGUCUUGUUUGUUUGCACUUCCGAUUCCAUGUACGGAGCAUGAUCUGAUCGCAGGAGCCUUUUGUUUUUUCGAAUUUCGAUUCGUUUCUAAGAAAAACUAGGGUUUUGUAUCUGAAAUCGGUGGCCGAUGAAUUUGGGAGAUCUGAAUAAGGUAUGGGAAAUCAAAGCUUUGAAGAAACCAGGGGAAGAUGAAGCACGGAAGAUUCUGGAGAAAGUAGCGAAGCAGGUUCAGCCGAUCAUGACGAGACGAAAAUGGAGGGUCAAGCUUCUCUCUGAAUUCUGUCCAAAAAAUCCAGCACUUUUGGGAGUCAAUGUAUGUAGGGGCGUGCAUGUAAAGCUGAGGCUCAGGAGACAAAACCGUGAAUGGGAUUUCUUCUCUUUCAAUGAAAUUCUUGAUACCAUGCUCCAUGAGCUUUGCCACAAUGUCCAUGGUCCUCAUAAUGCCACUUUCUAUAAGCUUUGGGAUGAACUUCGAAGGGAAUGUGAGGAGUUGAUAAUGAAGGGGAUAUCAGGAACCGGACAGGGGUUUGAUCUUCCUGGGAAGCGUUUGGGAGGAUUUACUCGUCAUCCACCUUCUUCAUCUCUUCGAGCAACAGCAGCUGCAGCUGCAGAGAAAAGAGUACGAGCUGGCAAUUUGCUACCAUCAGGGUCCCAUCGUCUUGGCGGUGAUAGCACCAUUAUGUCAGCACUGAGUCCAAUUCAAGCUGCUGCAAUGGCAGCAGAAAGACGCUUGCUUGAUGAUAUCUGGUGUGGUUCUCAUUCUGCAGAGGCUCUUGCAGAGGAAGAGAACGGUGAUAUCCACAAAGAGUCUGUUCGAGUUAUGGGAAGUUCUACGAGCUCGAGUGACAAUGGUAGAUCUUAUCGCUCUACUCCAGAUGCAAGAUUAGGGAAAAGAAGUGGUUGGUCAAACAACAACAAUUCACUUCCUUCGUCUACCAAUCAUCAAUGGCGAUUGGAUGUGAUUGAUUUAACAGAGAAUGGUCCUGAUACUAGAUCUCCUAAACGAUGUUGCAAACCCCAGGACGCAGCUUCGUCGUCUAACAGUUCAAAUAUAACUUGCAUUGCCAAUGAAUCUGCCAUGUGGGAAUGUGCCACUUGCACCUUAUUGAAUCCACCACUGGCUCCAAUAUGCGAGUUGUGCAGCGGAGCAAGGCCAAAGGACAAGGGGGUCAAGUUCAAGAUAUGGUCGUGUAAAUUCUGCACGUUAGAAAACGAUAUGAAGCUGGAGAAGUGCGAGGCUUGUGGCCAGUGGAGAUACUCGUAUGGAGCGCCAUUGUCGGCCCGAGCACCCAACCUCGGCACAUGAGGAGAGUUGCAGAAGCCUCUGCCGG